UGUCAUCUCAAACGUAAAACUUAAAACUUGCAAACAAAACAUUUGUGUAGUCGUAAACUAGUCGUCUUUUAUUUGCUUGAUGUUGUGUCCUUUUGUUUACAUUUCCCUCUGCUUCUUUCUCAAUGAUCAGUCGUUUUCUCUCUCCAUCACGUUUGCAGUUUCGCUCACAGCUUUCUCGUUUGCGCUUCCAAAGCUUUUGUUUGCGAUUCUGGCACAUACAUCUCGCGGGGGCGGGCCUUACGAGGGCACGUCCCCAUUGGCCAAAGAGAUUUCUGUCAUAGUUCCGUGCACCGGAAGUUGAUCCUUGCCUGCAGCGGGCGCUGAUGGAUGGACAGACAAACUUGGAUUUAAAAAAAAAAGACUCACAAAGUGCUACAUUGUGGAACCUGACCAGGAACUGGAUAGCUGACGAUGCAGUCACAGGACCAAGUUCGAGAAGAACUCUUGCAGAGGAUUCGCACAAGGUUUAACUUGAUUCUCCAAAAUGAUGUUUUAGAUUUGGAUUACCUCCUUGACGUUGCUCAGCAAGAGCUUUCCUUGGCAACAGUGGCAUCACAGCAUCUUAACAUCCCACUGGAACUGAUUAACAGUUUACAGGAGUUGAUCAACACACUUAGCUUGCCUGUGGGUAAUGUAGCUGUGGGUAAUGCAUCAGAUAUUGUGACGGUCACUGUGGGGAGGCGUGGACGACCAUGCCUGCAAAUUGAUGCAGAUGAUCUCCAAAGUCUCCUUUCCACUGCACUUCCUUUGGAAGAUUUAGCCCGGAUGUAUGGUAUUUCAAGAAGGACACUCAAUAGGCUGUUGAAAGAUCAUGGCCUCUCUGUUCGUGGAUGCUAUUCCACAAUAUCCGAUGAUGAACUUGACCGUACUGUGAGGUCCAUAAAAUCCAGAAUGCCCCAUGCUGGGUAUAGACUGGUGAAAGGUGAGCUGUUAGCCAGAGGCUGUCGUGUGCAAUGGCAUAGGGUGAAGGCUACUAUGCAUCGUGUGGAUGGUGCGGGAAUUUUGGCCAGGAUGAUCCAGCUUGGAUUUGUAGCUCGCAGAAGCUACUUUGUUCCUUCACCAUUGUCCUUGGUUCAUGUAGACACCAACCAUAAAUUAAUAAGAUUUAAUAUCGUGAUAUUUGGUGGGAUCGAUGGUUUUUCAAGAACGAUCCUAUAUCGUGAUGCUGCUGCCAACAACAAAGCCUCAACUGGAUUAUCCUUCUUCUUGGAUGGUGUCCACAAACAUGGAUGGCCCUCAAGAGUACGUGGUGACCAAGGGGUGGAAAAUGUGGACAUUGCCCGAUGCAUGUUUUCUGUACGAGGAACUGGACGCGGCAGCUUCAUUAAUGGCAAAAGUGUCCACAAUAAGAGAAUAGAGAGGCUUUGGCGUGACUUGUGGUCAGCUGUCACCUGUAACUACUAUGAGUUACUUCAUACAAUGGAAGAAGAACGACUGAUUGACCUCUCGGAUGAGAUGCACCUCUUUUGUGUGCAUUAUGUGUUCCUGCCACGACUGAAAGCUGACCUGAAGUGCUUCCUGGGUAGCUGGAACAAGCAUCCUAUCAGAACUGAAGGAAACCUCUCUCCAGAGCAGCUGUGGCACAUAGGAAUGCUCCAGAGCCAGAGGCAACAAGACCCCGCCCCGGGGUCUCAGGGAAGCACAGUCAAGCCGGUCCUCAACCGGACAGAUGGACUCUUCCUGGUAAGGAUUGGGAAUAAUCCGAGAGGCUCCGAUAUUCAGGAACAGUUAGUCGUCAGUUCUCAAGUUCACAGAAUAAAUGUUCACGCUUCAGGUGGGAGUUAG